AUGCCUUCUGAUCCAAACGAACUUUUUGAAAAACUAGUUGAAGCUGGGACCACUGAAAAUGUUUUAAAACCAUUAAGAUCUUGUCUCUCCUGCUUAAAUCACCAACUACGGCUUAAAACAAGCCUGACACGCUUAAAUGCCGAGCGCCAGCCAAACUUAAAAACAUUUACCGAUUUGCUUAAAAAAAAGGUAGAUGUCAGGAUUUUGACCAAGUGCUUAACAAACAUGUUCUUUUCUAUAGCUUAUCCUUUCAUGUUGACAGGCCACAUGUCUUCAAUUCUCAAUCAAGAUCAAAGUAUUCUGAAUCAGAUCACCAGACCAAAUUUUGGGGAUGAACGUAGUUUAACUUUUUCGUAUAGGGAGGACACUAUUUCUGUCCCAUGGAAACAAAAAAAGUUGAGGUUUAAGGCUGGUCUUCGAAUUAUGGAUAUGCCCGAAAAUGGGGUCCGAGAUUCUUGGAUUUUUUUUUUAUGCGUGGGUGAUGGGCUAAAAGUUAUGUCACUAGCCAAAGGUAGAAUCUGCGGUAUGCAAACUAAGGGACACUUGACUUAUAGCAACAAGUUGAAUAUUCGUUUGUCCUGGGAAAAAUUAUCAGGAGGGAGUGGUUCAAAUUGGCAUGGCAAUUGGACAUCACACCGAAUGAGAUUUAACAUUAAACUCAUUUUUAAUAUGGUAGAGCGGGGAAGGCAGUUAUUGUUUUUUAAUGCUUGUGCGACUACAGACUUUGGUAAUGUCAAAAUCGGGAGUGCUUGUUGUACUUAA